CAUACAACAAGCAUGGGAUGACCACAAACAAUGCUCGAAUUGAAGGCUUGAAAAACUCCAAAUUAUAUUCAAAGGCUCUACAGAAUGGUCAGAGAUGUGUGGUCAUUAGUGAUGGCUUCUACGAAUGGAAGAAAUGUGGCAAAAAAUAAACAGCCCUACUUCAUCUAUGCACCACAAGACGAAAAUGUACGAGUCGAGGAUGCCAAAUGCUGGGAAGCAGCCGAGUUUGACCGCUCGCGAGGGUGGAAAGGGCCCAAGGUUUUGAAAAUGGCUGGCCUCUUCGAUGUGUGGACAUCACCGCUUGUGAGUUCUCAAUACUUUCUCCUCUCAAAUAACUUGAUGUGAUA